CCCGAGGUAGAACGCCCAAUUUGGAAAAAGAAAAGAUAAAGGUAUACGUAAGGUGUAUCAUCAAUUUGACUUAUCUUCAACACAGAUCUCUCUCUCACACAUAUAUAUGCAUAUUCUGUGGUCUACAUUUCUUGCAAAACAACACAAUCCCUAUAGUAAAAAAUGGGUGAUGAAAUUGUCCUUUUGGAUACCCAUGUGAGUGUAUUUGGGAUGAGGGUGAGGAUUGCCCUGGCUGAAAAGGGGAUCCAAUAUGAAUACAAAGAGCAAGACUUGUUGAACAAAAGCACUUUACUCCUACAAAUGAAUCCAAUUCACAAGAAAAUACCAGUGUUGAUCCACAAUGGAAAACCAAUAUGUGAAUCACACAUAAUUGUUGAGUAUAUAGAUGAAGUUUGGAAGGACAAAUCGCCUUUGUUACCUUCUGAUCCUUACAAGAGAGCUCAUGCUAGGUUUUGGACUGAUUAUAUUGGAAAAAAGAUCUAUGAUGCUGGAAUGAAAAUUUGGAGCUCAAAAGUGGAAGUACAUGAAACAGCCAAUAAAGAAUUCAUAAAUUGUUUGAAGGUGUUGGAAGGGGAGUUGGGGGACAAACCAUACUUUAAUGGAGAAAAUUUUGGGCUUGUUGAUAUGGCCUUUAUUCCUUUCUAUAGUUGGUUUCCUGUUUAUAAAAAACUUAGCAACUUAAACAUAGUAGAAGAGUGUCCUAAGUUUGUGUCAUGGGCUAAGAGGUGUAUGCAAAAGGAUAGUGUCUCUAAGUGUCUUGUUGAUCCUGAUGCAAUCUAUGAUUUUAUUGUCAUGUUCAGACAGAAGAUCGGCGUUGCCUAAACGACAAAGAUGGAUCUAGAGCGGGUUCUGUUGGUUCAACUGAACAUGUUAUUUCUAGUUAGUACUGUAAUAAGAUGAUUUGCCUAUGUUAGUUGUGUUUGUGUUGAUGACUUCGUAUGCUUUAUUCAGUGAAUAAUGUAGUAUUAGGAGAUUUUGCUUUCUAAUAAGAGAUCAAUUUUCUUCCAA